AUGAAUCUGGAAAGUAGCCACAAAAAUUCAACGCACACACAAAACAGAGCAAACGCAAAGAGUUCCUGUAAAGGUAUGAAUCAACAUGUGCUGAAAGGGGAUUGCAAAAAUGAGGUAAAAGAAAAGGAAAUACGAAAUGAGCAAGUGGGGGAUGUUAACAAGAAUGAGAAAAAUUGCAACAUCAAAAAUACAGACAUCCAUUUUGAGGAAGGAGAAGGGGAUAAAAAUGUAGAAGCGAAAAAGAUACCCGUAGAUUUACACGAGAUUGACAAAUUGGCAUCUGAAAGGAAAAAAGGAAUACCGUUUUGCAUGGGGACGAAGGAUGACACCAGUUGUUCUAGCUACGGAGAGGUGUCCCCGCACGAAAACUACAAGGAGGAUAGUGACGCGCUGGGGGGUGCAGAGACAUGCGAAACGGAGAGGUGCACGGAUAAUAGUGCAGCGGAUGGGGGUGCCAGUUAUAAGGGGGGUGAAAGAAGGAAAGCGGGGCAGGAUAACUUCUUAAGGGGGGAGGCGGAACAGGUGGAGAAAAUGGCCGAGAAAGAGACCCAUAAAAUGACCGAUAAAGCGACCCGUAAAAUGACCGAGAAAAAGACCCGUACAAUGACCGCGAAAAGGGCAGUGGAACAAAAGGAGGGUGCCCCCCCAACUGAGUUGGAAAAGAAUAAUCAUCCCACAAAUGAAACAGGAGGGGAAUCCAAAGCGAAUGCACCCAAACAGAGUACGAAAAAAUGCACCACCAGAAAAAGCCUAAAGAAGGGGAAAGAAACGAGCGACCCCUCGAUUAAGAAUGACAGAAUUUUAGUGAAGCAAAAAUGCGGCGAAAUUAAGGCAAGCGGGAAAAAAAUAAAUGACGAUAAUGUAGAACUGAAGUAUGAAUAUAAUAGCUCGAAGGGAAUCCAGACAGGUGAUGGACGGAACCCGUGUAAUGAGAAGGGUGCGAGUGCAUCAAAUGGAAAGACGACCGAUGAAAUGCUAAGAGGUGAAAAAAAGGAACACCAAAUGGAGAGCUCAACAUAUGAUAAAGGAAAUGUUAAAAAGAGCAAGAGGAGAUAUUCUGAAGAAAAUGCUAGCCGUAAAGACGACAUAGGUUCGCAGGAAAAGGGGAACACGAGGAAAAAAAAAAAAACCUCGCACACAGAGGAUGGGGAAGACGUCACGAGGGGGAAAGCGAAAGGUAACGAUAAAAGUGGACAUAAAAGUGGGCAUAAGAGUGACCACAAAAGUAGCCACAAAGGCGACCGCAUAAGUGGAAACAGCGGAAAAGCGGAAAAUGAGAAAAAGAAACAAGCGGGUGCCCAAGUGGUUCUCGAAAAGGAGGAGAAAGGAGGCCACAGCGGAGAUGGCACUACGGCUGAAGGUGUAUCUCAAGCAUGCGCAGAUAAGGAGGAAAAAACGAAUGAUGACAAGACGUAUAACGCAUCAAAGGGGAAGAAGGUGGCCACGAAAAAAAAAAACAUAAGUAAGAAAAAGGGCAGCAAAGGCAAUACAGACGAAUUCGAGGGGAAGAAAGAUACGCCAAAAAUUAUUAAUCAAAAUGAUGAUGGACAGGUGAAGAAAAAAUAUGCAAGACUUUUGAAAAACCUGCAAACCAAUUUAUCUAGCAAAAUGAUGGAACAAGAAGGCGAAAAAAGAAUUAAAACAUGGGGAGAAAAACUAACUUUGCAACAAAAAAUUAAUCAAUUUAUAAAGAACAAAAUCGCGACAAGGACGGAGUACAAAUAUGGGAAGAAGCCAAACACACUAUCGAUAUGUAAUCAGUUUAAUUUGUACAAUCACUUAACCAUGCUAAAUGAUUUUAACAGAUUGCAUUAUUACAGAGCGGCGAUGAGAUGGACGGGGCAUAAGGACACGUUCGAAUGUGAGGGGGACCCUCUGAUGGCACUCUGUCAAAAGGGUGAAACGAGUUCUCUUCAUGUAAGCAGCAAAGGUAACACAACAAAUCAGAAGAGCACCCCCAUGUUAGGACAGAAAACGGUUAGCCAAUUUAACGGGGAAAAUGUAAACAGAAUGGGAAAUACCAUAAACGCGUAUGACGAAGAAGUCGAGGGAAUGCUGGAGGAGCAAAAUGGAGAGAAGAAUCCGUAUAUAUUUUUUGAAAAUAAUAAAGAGUGCUACGUUUACAAUAAGAAAAUAAUUGAAAUAGGGACGGGUCCACUCUCCCUGUUAUCCAUUAAUGCUAUCCUAAAUGGAGCGAAACAUGUAGACGCGCUAGAGGUUAAUAAAGACGCGUCCGAAAUGGCGAAGAAGCUUAUAGAAGGAUAUAACUUGGAAGAUUUUAUUAAAAUUAUAAAUUGUUAUUCGAAGAUGUAUGUGUAUAAAGAGGAAGAAGAUCAGAGGAAAAUGAAAAGGAGAAGCUCCUUUUACAACUACUUUGAUUCGAACGUCGAUGAGGAGCACUGCAGCAAUUUUAAUUACGAUUUGAUAAUAAGCGAAGUGAUAGGGGAUUUCGCUUCUCAAGAGGGGGUGGCAGACAUAUACCUCGAUUUGCACAAGAAGAUAUUUUCCUACCGAAAGUACCAGGAGUAUUUGCACAAUUGGCGCAAGAGGGACGGGGGUGACGGCUGGGGCAGUCACAAAAGUGUGAUGCGGAACCAGGGGGUUAAGGCCCCGACGGAGGAGGAAGGGCUAAACAAAUACGCAGAAGGUGGUAAGAACGAGCAAUCGGGACAGCAAAUUGGUCAACAAACGGGCCAGCAAAACGUUAAGAAGGUGAAAAAGAUAGCCUACAGCGAAUUCGCAGCAGAUGAUAAACUAUACAGCUGCGAAGAAUUCUACAACAUGAACGUUAAGAGCAUACCGUAUAGCGUUACGACGUAUUACUGCCCAGUGAAGUUCCCCUACUAUGAUAAUAUAAUCUAUAAGAGCGAGAAUUACCCAGAGAGGACGAUUAUUAGCCCCAAGAGUAAGCUGCUACAAUCUGUUAUGCUGGAGUGGUCUAACUUGUCAUUAACUGAAGAAGAAAAUGAAAACACCGAUUUUGGUACACUAGAAUAUUUAUAUUUAGAACAAAAUGUUGCUAACCAAGUGAUACAAAAAAGGAAUCACAUCUUUCGGAUUCAGAAGAGUGGCCCUUUUUGUGGGUUUUUAAUAACCAUAGAUGUGGAAAUUCGAAAGGGGGAACAUUUUGGAACCAAAUAUGGAACCUGCGACAGCUGGUACACCAACAUAGUUUUAUUAAAAGACGAAAUAAAUGUUAACAAGAACGAUUUGGUGGUUAGCAAAACGUACACAAAUUUGUUAAAUUAUAAUGAGCAUAUUAUUGAUAGGAAAAUUGUUUUGGUUUCAAGGCCGUCCUACACGUUUUAUGGCUACAUUUUAAAGUCGAUGAGGAACAACCCUUUUUCUGCGUCCACGUCUGAUAGUGAUGGAGGUGUUAACAGGAACCAUUUUAAUAAUGCCGAUGGUGGGGAUUACCCGCCUAACGUUAGUAGCUGCAUCUACCUGGAUGACGAAACGGUAUUGUUGCUAGACCAGAUGCACUUUCACGAAAAAGUGAUAGCCAAGGCGAGAGGGCAGAGUGGCGCGAAAGACGUUACAAUGGGUGAAACUAAAAAAAAAAAAAAUCCUGCAAGUGUUAAAGGGGAGGAAAAAAAAACUAAUGCAAAGGAUAACCAUAUGGAGAAAAACAAAUUAAAUGGUUUGGAUGAACAGGUGGGAGAGAAAGUUGAAGGUCAUUCAAACGUUGUCCAUGGGUCUGUGGAAAAUCUUUGCUGGCAGAAAGGGGUCCAUUCAGUUAAGGGGGCAACUCACGAAAGAUCAGCAAGUAAUAGUUCCCGCAUUGACGCGAAAAGUAGGACGACGCGUGCAGGAAAGGGCACAGAUGGGAGUGCGGAUGGAGGAGCAGAUAGAGGUGCCCCCGCGCGAGAUGCCGCGAAGACGAAGUCGCACAAGGAUGCCCCGGUGAACAAAACGGAAAAGGGAAAGAGAGCCAGUUCGGGGGGAAAGUCACCCAAGGAAGGGGCCAUUUCUGACAGAGAUAAACAAAUUAAGAAGCGCGACAACUCCCCCACAAGGGCAACACCGCCAGCAGCAGUGGCGGAAAUAGCAGUAGCCGCAAUAGUCCCCCAAAAGGGGCACAAAAAGGAGCACAAUCCGCGCCGAAGAAAAACGCCAAGACUCAGACGAGUAAGAAAAAAAGAAAAGACAAUCCGCAAGGGCGAAAAUAAACACAAAAAAAUGUCGGAUGAAAGCCGCAAAGAAUACGAAAAGGACAUAGCAGACAUUAUCAAUAAUUACAAUUUGAACGCGAACUUUUAUUAUGAAAACUUAAAAGAUAAAAUCCUGGUUUAUAAAAACAUGAAGUACAAGCUGAUGCAUAUUUACGAACCUGUAGUCAUUGACUACGAUGAGCAAGCAACGGUGAUUUAUAAGAAGGAUGAUAUUUAUAAUAGCAAGGAAAACAACGUGAGUAAGUUUGUGAAUAACGUGUACCAGUGA